CAGAGCAUUGGUAUGCCAGGUUCAAUACCUAGCAUGGCUGUGCAGAAGAAACAGAGUGUUAUCCCUCCAUCACAGGGACCACUUUCUCAGCAUAUCAUCGAGAGCCAGAGGAAAGGGAAUGGAUUCAUAAGAACAGGAGAGAAUGGAGCUAAUAUCAAACCAAAUUCACAGGCAAAGAAAACAGCCUGUUAUGACAAGUCUGUCCCAAUCUGCAACAUAGUGAAUCCACGGGCCACAGCAGUGGCUAAUGGACAAAACACUGAUGAGAGGCUGAAAGCUGCUCGGGAAAGAAGAGAAGAGCAAAAGAAGUUACUUGCCUCUCGAGAACUGAGCAGAUUGGAGCGGGAGCAGCGGGCCAGGCGUUACUAUGAACAACAACUGCAGGAGCGCAAGAAUAAACUCUUGGAGCAGAGGCUCAGAGAGGAGAGGAGGCGUGCUGCUGUUGAGGAGAAGCGCAGGCAGAGGCUAAAGGAGGAGAAAGAACGAUAUGAAACUGCAGUGCGCAGGACCUUGGAGAAGAGCAUAAAAGCCCAACAGAGCCUGAACCAAAACUCAAGAGGAAGGAAGCUCACCAAGAACAUUCCACGUCGCUUACCUCUGACAACAUGGGAGAAGAACUUGGUCAGUCGCCUCCUGACCCCUACAUGCUCUUAUCUGGCCAGGAGCAAGAGUGCCGGUUGUCAGUCAGGAGAAGAAGUUGUCCAUGUUUGUCGCCGUGCAGUUUCAUUUCACUCCAUGACUACCACAAACACCACCACCACCACCACCACCACCACCCCUCACAAACCCCAGCACUAUUCUGGUUCAGUGCACCACAGGCCAUCUGCCUCUCCCAGUCCUAGCAACAGCAGGCAGAGAAGCAUCAAUCUGACACAGAUCAAAGAAGCAAGACAGAAAGAUGCUAAUAAGAAGACCUCAAACAGCGGCUCCAAUAUUAGAUCGACUGCUGUCAACAGUAAUGUUAAACUAUCUACGGUUAAAAAGAGCAGAACUGCAUCCCCCUCACCAGAGCGGAGUCCCCGAAGAUCAAUCAGCAGACAUUCCACUCCACUGCAGCUGGAGCUUCCCUCAGUCCCCGAGGAAGAUGUUGCUGUUUGUAGUUCUGCCCUCUCACCUGGUAACUCGAGGCCUGUCAGGACAUCGGCUGAAGGUCAGAAAGAGAAAAUGAAGACUGAAAAUUCACCAGAGGCUCCACGUCCAAACCUGCCCAACAAAGGGAGAGAGGCUGUAACCAGAACAGCAGGAGAUGGAACUCCACAGCCUCCUGAAGUCAUGAGCAGGCCUUCAGCUGGUACUACAGACCCAGAGGCAGCUUCACGUCUGCUGGCUGAAAAGAGGAGAGAGGCCCGUCUCCAAAGGGAGAGAGAGGAGCAGGAGCGGCUGAACAGAGAGGAGACUGAUAGGCGGAGUCGUGAAGAGCUGGAGCGCAGGAGGGCAGAGGAGAGAGCGCAACAGCAGGCCGAGGCUCAACGUCUGAUAGAGGAAAAGAGGAGAAGGGAGGAAGAGGAGCAGCGACAAGCCGAGGAAGAAAGAGCUCAAGCCAUGAGGGAGGCCGCCCUUCUGCAGAAACAGCGAGAGGAGGAACAAGCCAAAGAAAGAGAAAAAGCAGAACAAAUAAAAAAAGAGCGAGAAAUACAGGCACAGAAGGAGGAGGCAGAACGCCAAGUCAGAAAAAAGCGACUUGAGGAGAUCAUGCGGAGGACCAGGAGGACUGAUUCUCCAGAUACGAAAUCUGUACCAGCGCGGAUCUUGCCAAAUGAAUCCAAACCAAAGGAAAACACAGAGCCUGUACACAAUGGCACUAUAGAGGAUGCCAUCAAGCUACCAGUGGGGUCUAGGGCCUCACAACUGGGGAUGAACAAUGAGGAGGACAUGGUACCUGUUGUGGCCUUCAAAGAACGUAGGUCUCUCAGGACUCUCACCGGGCUGGAAGAGAUCCAGACCCACCAACGAGCAGGUGAGAAGCAACCAGGAGAUCAUAGGUCAUCUGAUCACCUGCGAAGUGGGCAGACGUUCAAAGACUUUGGUGGAGAGCCGCGAUUUCUCUGA